AUGUCGCACGCAGAAAAUGAAUUGUCUGAAUUUAAAAGCUUUUUCAAAGACAGCCAUGAGGCUUGUGUAGCUUAUUAUGACUGUCUAUCCAUCAAUGAGUCUGGUUUAACAUAUCUGGAUCCAGUGAAAUGCGAGGCCAAAAACUUUGAUUCAAAAAAAGUAGCUAAAGAGCAAGAAAAAAGAAUCCUUUCAUUUAUAGAAAAAUUCAACAAAGUUAAAGAAGAAAGAGGAGCUCCUUUUGCACGGGAAGAAUUGAAAGCUACUCUAAUCUACAGCAAUAAUUUGCCAAAGCCAUUCAAUUAUCUCCAUGGACCAGGUCCAGAAAUUCCAUAUCCAGAUAAUAAUCCUUCAGUUGGCAAAGCGAUUCAACUUAUUGGCCAUAAAAUCAAACUUUACAAUGAUGAUGUUGAGGUUAUUGCGGUCAAAAUAACUAAAAAUGGUAUUUUUUUAAAUGUAGAAAAAAAUGUAGAAGGAGAAUUGAUUCACCAUGAAAUUAGUUAUGAGAAUGAUAUAGUUCCCUUGUGAAUGUUCUUAUUUUACAGUAAUUGUCUAUCCG